AUGCGCGAUGUCGUUCGUCAUAUUCGACAACGAACCCAGCUUGAUGAUAUCACACCGCAAGACGCCCAUUUAAUGUACACAAUUUGUGCCUUUGAGACAGCAUGGAAUAAACAUAAAAAAGUUUCACCCUGGUGCUCGGUUUUCAAUAGGAAAACAUUACAUUUUAUGGAAUUUGCUGAAGAUCUUGAAUAUUAUUGGAUCGAUGGCUAUGGCUAUGAUAUUACCCACAAACAGGCUUGCCCUGCUAUUAUUGAUAUGUUUGAUCAUAUUGAUCCUAAAUCAGUGCACAGUAAUGCAACAUUUUAUUUUACCCAUUCCGGUACGAUGCUUAAACUUUUGGCACAUCUGGGAUUGUACAAGGAUGAACAACAUUUAACUCAUAUGGAUGCAACGAUACCAAGGCAUUGGAGGACAAGUGCAAUAGAUGCGUUUGCCAGCAAUUUGGCUUUCAUUUUAUACGAAUGCAGCGAUGGGCCAAAAGUAUUGACCCUGCACCAAGAGCGUGUUGUUCGUCUUCCUGGUUGUCCAAAAGACAAAGAUCUUUGCAGUCUUAAGGAAAUGAGACGAGUAUUCAGGAACAGUAUUGAACGUUGUAAUUUCAACGAAAUGUGUGAUAUCGCAACUUAA